CAGGCAGAUUAUCAUCACAGAAGCUUCCCCCGCUCGCAGCAGCAGCAGCAGCCGCCAGGUCUGUACCCUUAUGGUGACUACCUUUGGUUUCUCUUUCCUCACUUCUUCCCACCGUAACUUCUGUUGGUUUUCCUCUUGGAAAAUUCGCGCGCGAGCUUGGAAAAGGGGUGAUGUAACCCCUCCAUUUGCAGGAUAUGUGGAAAAAAACACAUGAGAGGGUGAGUGCGUGCGUGCGGGCGCGUUGCUUUCAUGGCGUCUUCCACAUCCUUGCCAUGUACUUUCUCAGAACCCCAAAGCCAGAAAAGCCCUCGCAGGGGAAGCUGAGUAGAAGUAAAUCGGCCAAGAAAGACAUGGACCGAGAAGCCGGUAACAGAUUGGAAUUACCUCAAGACGGUUAUGAAUGGAGGAAAUACGGCCAAAAAUUCAUCAAGAACAUUGGCAAAUUUAGGAGCUACUUCAAGUGCCAAAGGGCCGGAUGCGAUGCGAAGAAGAGGGCCGAAUGGUCGGAGACGGAGCCGGGAGAUUUGCGAGUUGUGUACGAAGGGGUCCACAAUCACGGCUCCUCCUCGCAAGAUCAGUCCGGUUCAUCGCAAUCCGGUGCAUCCAGCACGCGUUCCAACCAAUAUAACUUACUCAAUCAAAUGUUUGGAGACAACCCGCCUUCUGAUUCCAAGCGCUCUAAUGAUUAAAAAUCUCAACGUCUCGCAGAUUCAUCUAGUUGUAUUGCAAUGAGGUGGUAUUCUAUGUAAAACCAAAUUCCCCUCUUCAUCUCGGAUCUGCGUUUAGGUUCUUUUUCCCUGAAUCCCGGGUAUGUUUAGGUUCUCUGCUGCUGUCUCCUGAUAUGGAACCUGAGUUUGCCUCUCAUCUUUUUCCCUCUUUGCCUCCUUUAUGUCUUGGUGCCCAUGAAAAAUAUCAGCUACAAGAACACCAGACCUUGUCUUUGG